CACAACCUCUUCUCUAAACAUCAGUAGGCCCACGCCCCUCUUAUUCAUCAUUGUCACAUCAUUGUUAACCAUUCAGUCUAAAGUUGCUGUCACGUGGGGACGGAGGGAAUUGACUUUGUUCUACCUUUGAUUUGUUCAAACUUUAGUUCAUUUUUAGCCAAGUUCUGUGUUGUGAAUUCAUAUGAUCUGUUCUGAUUUUGAAAGCAACUUCUUAACCUUUUUUUUAAACCGUUUGUUCUACCACGUGCUCUCCGAAGUGUUCUUCGAAGUUUGUUCUAAUCCUGAUUUUUUCUGAGUUUUGUCCUAUAAGCAAGUGUGACUUCUACCCUCGCUCAUCGUAACCUUUUUGUGAAAUAUCCAAAUUUUUUGUAUCGCCCUGAGGACCCAUUUUAUUCUGUUCCGUGUGACUUUUCAUGAAUUUUACUGGUUUUAUCUGAUUGUGAGUUCGAAGUGACUCACUCUUAUCGUGCUGUGAUCUCUGCUGUUUAUAAUGCUUUGUGGAACUAUGUAAACAUCUUUUGUAUAUCUGCGGUGUCACCUUGCAGUGUUAUGGUCUUCGACAGUUUAAUAUCUUAACUGUAUACCACUUGUUCAAGGAUUAAGUAUAUUUAAGGUGUUUGAAACCCGGUGCUGACAUUUUCCCGCCUUACAAGUACAAUUGAUAUUUCUCACUCAAUCUGAGUUUGUUUCUCAUUGUUUUACCCAGAGGGAGCUUGACUUCAGUAGUCUUACUUUAACCUUUCAUUGUUAUAUUUUUCUGAUUGAAAGUUAGAAAUUGUUAUUAGGAUCAAUUAAGGAUCACUGGAUUCCGUUAAGCUCAUAUUCACACUCUCUGCUUACGGCUGGUUUCCAAGUUGGGCUACAGUACUCUUCGGAUUAUAAUUAUGAUCAGCUGUCGACGAGUUCUAUUUUCUUCUUUCAAUUGGUUGUUCUGACUCAUUGUAUUAUCAAGAAGUCAUAUAAGAAAGAAGAAGAAGAAGAUUGUUAACCAUUGUUAACUGAUAAAAAUUAUGAAAACGAUCGACAAACGUAAUUAAAUUGUUGAUAGAAUAAUAUAGUACAUUUAUUUUUCAAAAUUAAUUUAUUAUAUAUUGUACUAACACAAUAUCGACGCAUUCAAAAAGUUUUACAAGAUUGAAAAUUUAGAAGUAAAAAUAUACAAUCGGAAAAAUGGAAUCUAUCUCAUCUGAAUAUUUCUCAACCAAUGCAGAUCUAUUUGAGAAUGAUGAACUUUGCGAUUUUACAUUCAUUGUAGGCAAUGAAAAAUUUAUGGUUCACACACAAAUUCUAGCUUCAAAAUCGUCAGUAUUUCUUGCUAUGUUUACAAUUGAUAUGAAAGAAGCUCAAACACGUGAAACUACUAUUACUGAUAUUGAUUCCAAGGUAAAUACCCUAUAUUGCAAUAGUAAACCAAACGAAUACGAUGGAACACGAGCACAUUGCUGGGUUAGUGGAAAAAAAGGACACGUCGGAUUUUCGUUGAAAAAGAGGACACGUCGCGUUUGAGUUAAAGAAAAGGACACGUCGAAUUUUAUAUUUUUUUAAGA